GGUUCAAAUCCCGGACGAGCCCAUGUUUUUGUAUGCGUAUGAACGGCUUUCGGAACAGCUAGCAUUAGCUAUAUGCUAACGCGAUGCUGCAGCCGGUUGACAAUAACCGUUAGCUGUAGUUUUAAACAUCCACUCCAGCUUCAUUCGCGUUUAUUGCAGUUUCCCAAAAGCAGGUUACUGUGUUACAAGUUCAGAGACGUAUUAUUUUAGUUGUUUUGAGGGCAUAUAACGUUACCCUCUGGGCUUUGAACGUUUCCUUACCUUAGCUAGCAUGUUAGCCAGAUAGAAUCCUGUUUCUAGACUAGCUAACGUUAGCUUAGCUUAGCCGGUGUUAUGGGUUGUAUAGCAUGGAGUAGAGCUCGGGAAUUAUUCGGCAUGGAGGUGUAGAUAGUAAACACAAAUAACAACAAUAUACAACUAACAGCUAGCCUGGUAAUGCUAGGAAUAAAUACCUAGCAUUAUUGCAAUGCAUGUGUGGCUCGUUGGUCUAGGGGUAUGAUUCUCGCUUUGGGUGCGAGAGGUCCCGGGUUCAAAUCCCGGACGAGCCCAUCCUUUUUGAGGACACUGUGUUGGUGCAUCAUUGUGCAACUUAAUUUUAAUACAUCCAAAUGUACAAUGACGUGGUUUAGGUUUUCCAUAUACGAGCAGUUAUCUGCAUGCGUCUAUUAUAAUCCACUAUUUGCCUACACCCCCCCUCCCAACCAAACUUCCCGGACCCGUUUCUCCACCUGCCCUCCCUCAAACACUGAACAAAGAGCAUCUCCACUGCUCUGCUUCCCCAGCUGUUGUGUGUGUGUGUGUGUGUGUGUGUGUGUGUGUGUGUGUGUGUGUGAGUGUGAGGGGUUUGGGGCCCUGAGAAGACAGUUUGUGUUCCGCCCCCACAAACACAGCAGACACUCCUAACAGGCGGCAGACGAGCCCGGCUUUCCAUUCACUGCAGUGUGGCUGAGCCGUUCACUCCAAAGGGACAAUACAGGAGCUCUGAGUCUGCUCUGGGAAUAACAUUAUUACAUGGGCUUCAUCUGAACUAGAGAAGCAAGGUGAGAACCUGCAGCGACCAUCUACUCCAACAAGUCGUCAUCAUCAGUCAUUAGACAGUGGAGCAGUUUUCACUGGGACUUACAGAUCAUCCACUAACUCUGAUCUCUACAGUCACACUCAGCUCUACCAUGGUUCUAUGUGAGGACAGUGAGUGCAGCGUCUGCCUCUUCCCCUACUCUCGGAUGGACAGGAUCCCCCGCGUGCUCCACUGCAGACACACCUUCUGCGAGCCGUGCCUGGAGACGAUGUCGCAGGCCAGCGGCGGGCUGCUCACCGUGGGCUGCCCUCUGUGUCGCCGGGUGACCUGCAUAGGACGUGGCCUCAGCCUGCAGGAAGCUCUGUGGGUCGACAGCAGGCUGUGGGAGCAGAUACCGGAGGAUGCGGACGCAGAGGCCGAGCAGGAGGAGGAGGAAGAUGGACUGAAACAAGCAGCUGAGGAGGAGGGGACGGAGACCAAACAGCCGUCGGUGCAGGCAGAAUGUGCCUCCUCCAGCUCAGCGAGAACGAAGCUCAAACUGCCUGCGUUCUUCAGGAGGUUCAGUUUGACAAAGCAACACCAGGAGAGGAUCGUGCCGGGCAGUAAUGUGGAAAUGAAAUCCUGGCGCAGGCUUUCAACUGAAGAGACUAUUUGAAAAGACGCGACAGCUCCUCUCAGGAUGUAAUUUACGGAUGGUAGACGCCACUAGAAGACUCGACUCAGCCUCGUCAGCAGAAGGAAAGUUGAGGCCGUUAGGGCCGAGAAUCCAUUUGUGUUCCUGUCAAGACAUUGUUUUGUCCUCAGCCAAAGGUGCCCUGUCUCCCCAUUAUUUAUUCUGGGCUUAAUUCUCCCAGCUGGUGCUGUGGGAUUUGGUUCAGCUGUCCCAGUGGGACUCACACCCCGAGACCCCCUCGUAACAGAUGGUCUCCUGAGGAUUUUCCCUUUUCCAUAGCCACUGCUGAACACUGAAUAUAACUUAUUGGUUUUUUAUUUAUGAUAGCUAGUUG